GCGUAUCAUCGGAGCAUACGCGAUUGGUGCACACGUGCAUUCGUGGUCCCGGUACGCGAACGCACAUCGAAAUUUCGUCACCUUGUUAAUUCCAGGAAUAUAUUGCACGAUCGAUCAGAAAAACUUUGACAUUUGGCAAAUGUCAGCGGUGUACCCCGGCGGAGUGGCUUCCGCAUAAUCGAAGCGUAGCUCGUGAUAAACGAUAAGAAAAAGCAAGUUACGGUUGAGUGUUUCUCUGUUUUUCGAUACACACGCACGCACACACGAGUAUCGCGGUUGUUUCCUUGGCUGUUGUGAUAUCCGAUCGAUUUCAAGGGAGACAUGUGAUCUCGCGUCGAAACGAGCAAGGAAUAGGAUCGAGAAGAAGCAUCAGCUUGACCGGUCGCUCAGAGGCUCGAAAGGGAUUCGAAGAUGGAUUGGGUGAGAAGGCAGGACAUUAAGGAGGAGUCACCGGAAACUCCUACCGCUCUGACACCGGAUGAGCCCGACGAGUCCUACUUCGAGGAAGACACCUCGAUAGACGAGGGCAUGGGUCUGGACAAUGUGAGCUCAGCGACCCUCAGGCCUUUCAACUCGGACAUCAACACGCCGAGGAUCGACAGUUAUAGGUUCUCCAUGGCGAAUCUGGAAGAUUCCCAGGAUGUCGAUCUGGACGCCAUCCUUGGCGAGUUGUGCGCUCUGGAGCGCCGCUGCGAUGGCGACAUCGCUUCCACACCUGCGCCCGACUCGCAGAGACAGGGCCGACCUAAUAGCACUAGAAUCACCGCUGGCGACAAUACCGAUAUCGGCAAAAACGAAGGAGCUAUGCGCACCGACAGUCCCGACAACGACAGCGCGUUCUCGGACACGGUGUCGAUGUUGUCCAGUGAGAGUUCCGCGAGCAGCAGCGGUUCCGGGCACAAACCACCUCAGACCGCCAUGCACACAGGUCCCCAGCAGCAAUCUCACCAACUCAUGGACGCCGCGAGCCGAGUGAAGGCAGAGAAGAUCCGGUUGGCGUUGGAGAAGAUGCGCGAAGCCAGCGUUCAGAAGCUGUUCAUCAAAGCGUUCACCUUGGACGGGAGUGGCAAAAGCUUGCUCGUAGACGAAGGAAUGAGCGUGGCGCACGUGUGCAGGCUUCUGGCCGAUAAGAAUCACGUGCCGAUGGAUCCAAAGUGGACGGUGGUCGAGCAUUUGCCCGACCUUUUCAUGGAAAGGGUAUACGAAGAUCACGAAUUGCUGGUGGAGAAUCUUUUACUGUGGACCAGAGACUCGAAAAACAAGCUGCUUUUCGUCGAGAGGCCAGAAAAGACCCAACUUUUCCUUACCCCGGAGAGAUUUCUUCUGGGUUUAUCCGACAGAAGUUGCGGCGAAUACGACGAUCACUCGCGCAAUAUCCUUCUCGAGGAAUUCUUUUCCAGCAGUAACGUUGGCGUGCCAGAGGUCGAGGGGCCAUUGUAUCUGAAAUCGGAUAGCAAGAAGGGAUGGAAGAGAUAUCAUUUUAUUCUUCGAGCGUCAGGCCUGUACUAUUGGCCGAAGGAAAAGGCUCGUACUGCUCGCGACCUCGUUUGCCUGGCCACCUUCGACGUGAAUCAAAUUUACUACGGUAUCGGGUGGAAAAAGAAGUACAAAGCACCGACAGAUUUUUGUUUCGCCGUGAAACAUCCGAGACUGCAACAACCGAAAUCGACAAAGUACAUCAAAUUUCUUUGCGCGGAGGAUAACGCGUCUUUGGAACGAUGGAUGGUUGGAAUCAGAGUGGCCAAGUACGGAAGACAGUUGAUGGAGAAUUACAGGACCCUGGUCGACGAGCUCGCUCAGGAGGAUCUCGAUAUGCUGGCCCACGCGAGGUCGUGUUCGGUCAGCUCGAUCGCCCCGCCGACUCAGAAUCAAACUCAGUACAACACGACCAACGACAACGCCCGCCAAUUCACGGAAAAUUCGAGGCACAACGCGGAAGUAGCCAAUGCUAGACAGUACGAAGGCCAGAGGCAAAGUUACAAUUCCGAGCAACGACAGAGUUACAAUAACGACGGUAGGCUGAGCAGAGCGAGCAGCUCGAGUUCCAGUGGAUGCCUGUCCGAUGGAGCGCCCAGUAGUUGCGAGGUGGCUUUCGAAUGCGGCGAGUUUCCAACGGGUACGAUAAAGAGGAAACCCUCGAUGAAUCCGAAAUUGCCGCUAACAUCGAUCACGAGACAAUUGAAGGAAGUGGGUGAGACGGUUCGCGACGAGCCAGAUUCGUGUCCCAGUCCGACCAGCUCGGGCUCCGGAACGUUGACCAGAAGGCACAGCCGGAGAAGGAGCGGCACCGACUCGGAUGGAUCCGGAACGUUGAAGAGACAUCACAGAUCGGGUAACGCGACCCCCGUCAGUCCCGUACCACCUGGCACUCCGGUCAGAGAAAGAGCGAGCCCUAUGGGGUACAACAACAACAGAUCGGAGAAUCAAGAAUCGAAAACACCUACGAGUCCUAUACCAUCGUGCAUGAUGGAUUCGAUCACUUCGUUACCACCGCCACCAUCGCCGUCGAGAGUGACGGAGGAGGCAGAAUCCGACAACGAGCCGCUCCCACCACCUCCGCCCGAGAUGUUCCGAUCGAAUCUCUCGUUGGACUCUUUGCCGCCCCCUCCAGCGCCCGGCGAACUGCCGGUAUGCAACACCCCGGAACUCACCGGUUCCUCGUUGAGUUUGGCGUCCCUUCCGCCACCCCCGAGCCCCCUGGUCGGCGAGACGGGAACGAUUCGUCGAGCCAGGCCCAAACAGUCUACGUCCUCGAGCUCGUCGAUGACGCCGGAAGGCACACCGACCCACGCGUCGUCCAAUCGACCGUCGAACAAUCAACAAACGUAUUCGAAUCCGGGCAACAACUCGGCGAUGCAGAACAGCCAGAGCUACGGUUCCUCGAACCCCGCGCAGAACGCUCUUCACGCGAGCAACGCCGUGAACUCGGUGUCGUCGCCGCACAGUUCCUAUCCAGGCUCGAGCGCCAGCACACCGACCUACGCCCCGAGCUCGCCGAACUUUGCCUCGCCCCCUCCCUUCGUCCCCCCGCCAGCCUACGGUUCCCAACAGCAACAACACGGAAGCAACGGUUCCUCCAGCCUGACGAGGCAAAACUCGAAGAUCGAGUCGAUGUACGGUGGCCACCAGCACAACACAGUGAUCCAGCCAAUCAGGCAACCGAACAUGGACACGGUGAGGCGAAGCGCGAUGAAGCAAGGAUCGGGCCACUACGCUGCCCCUCCCUAUCUGGCGGAGUUGAAGGCCGCCUCGAGUCCCCAGCCGCAACGAAGGGUCACCAUUCAAGAGCCGCCUACGUCGCCCAAGUCGAAGACCGGCACAGGGAAGAAGAUCACGUUCAACCUUCCCCCGCAACAGGAGCCGGGCAGCCCCGCUUUGCCGCAGAGGAAACCGAUGCCGCCCAGGAGGUCGGACAGCACGAGGCUCACGUCACCCAAGAAGCUGGCAGCCUCGGAUCAAGCGCCACCCGGCGAUUUCCUCAAGGAUCUUCAACGAGUGAUGAGGAAAAAGUGGCAAGUGGCGCAGAAGUGCAAGCUCGACUCGACCACCACCCCUCACGAGGUGCUCGGUUUCCGACCACCCCCCGCCGUGGCCGAUUACAGGGAGACGAACGUGUCGAACUGGGUUCAGGAACACUACGGGGCCGACAAUCUGUACGAGAACGUGUACGCGACGGAUCCUCACGCGCCCGUCGAGUACGCGUCCAGCCCCGCGCGGCAAUCGAGCGUGAGGUUCGCGGACGAGAAUCGCAGCAUCAACAUCGUGAACGCGAUCGCGAGUAAACGAAGGCCGCCACCGCCACCGCCCAAAAGGGCGGAGACCACCCAUCUGACCACAACCAGGGCGAUGCACUGACAAUAGCAGAUACUCCAGCCCCAUCCCGAGAGGCGAUGGUUUUGCUGUUUGUGCAGCUGGUGGAAGGGUUAGGCAGGGCUAGGGCGAGGCCGCUUCCUUGCUCUGCGAUCUCGGCACCACUAACUGCUCUGCUCCGCAGUUCUGUCUGUCCAACGCGGAUGUCCGUCGACCCUCCUCCUCCGAGGAAAACAGGCGACGACGAAGCGGGGAGGGGGAGAGGAAAGCGGAGACGAUUAUCGUAUUAUCCUUAUCCUCGAGAAGAGAAGAGUUCGGCUUUUUUGCGUUGUUGGCGUUCGCGUCGCCCUACAGUUUUUGCUUGAUAGAAUCGGCUUCUGGAACGAUCGCUUCGAAACGAUCCUUUUUUUUCUUCUUUCUUUCUUUCUUUCUUUCUUUCUUUCUUUUUUUGGACAGUGUUCGCUAAAGGAAACCUGCGACCUGUCGCCUCUAGGAUAAAAUAAUAAUACUAAUUUGUGUACAUUUUAAGGCCUCGCGGACGAAAGUGUCACGCGAUCGAUACUGCCAAUCCGAUGAUCACGAUGAUCACGUGCGUCGAGUCCCGAGUGCGGCUCGAACGGUAUAGGAGAAUUUUCUUUUUCUUUUUCUUUUAUAUAUAUAGCGACGAGUUUGGUAUGAUCGCAAAUCGAAGCUGAAACGAGUUUUCGAUGUCAAACAUCGAUUCUCAGCGCCGAGUCCUUCUCGACUCGCCGAUCAAAUUUAUUCUUGGGCGUUGGAGAAGCAAAUAUUGCCGCACAUAUUAUUGACGAUGUGAUAUAAUAAAUCUUAAGCUGCUAAUUUCGUUGUCCCCGUUUUGGAAACGACCGAGACGAUUGAUUCCGACCGAUUUCGCUUAGCUUCGAUCUGGUCGGGGAUGCGAAUCCUCUCGGUUUCGAGGCGAUCGAAUUUCGAAACGAUUAAAAGUAAGAAAAGAAGGAAGAAGAAGAAGAAGAAGAAGAAGAAAAAGAAAAAGAUAAAUACACGAGAAUCGUGUGGUCGUAUCUCUGUGUGCAAAUUUUGUAAUCCAGAGUUUAAUAACUUAGGCUUUUAGCUAAAGUAUCUCUGAUGCUGGCUGACGCGUUAAGAAAAUUCGCGUUUAAUAGGAAGAUGGACGGUUUUUUCCUUUCUUUUUUUUUUCUUUUUCCUCCUUGCGUUGUUCCAAUUACAAUAACAAUUGUAUUUUCGCGACGCGGUUAAAAGGAAUGAUGAAAUCGGGACAAAAAUUUUGUUCACGGGGAAGAGGAUGCUUCUCGUCAGACAGACACACAUACUCGAAGACACACACGCACACACACACACACACCGUACACAUACACACACACACUCGGUUCGCACGAGACACACGCAAGAUGACAAGUAUUGCGUUUCCUUUUUUUUUUGAAAACGUACUCGUACAUAAGUGUGUAUGUAUAUAAAUGAAACAUGAUGUAUGAGCGUUUAUAUGGAUAUAUCGACUUUUUGAUGCUGUAUGUUUAGAUCGAUAUCGUACGAUAUUACGAAAUAUCCUCUGCGACGCGUGAAGCACGAUAAAGCAUGAUCCAUUCGACAGUUGGACGCCAUGGACGCGCCGCGAUCCUCGUCGAGGCUCUGCUACGAACGCGUACGCAUACACGAUUACGAAUACGCUAAAUUUUUUCGACAAAAAAAAACGCCACUUUCUUAUUCUCGACUCUCUUUCAAAAGAAAAGAAAAAAAAGAAAAAAAGAAAAAAAUUUCACUCCACGACUCGACAUAUCUUUUCGUUCGACGUACCAUCUUCGUUCCCGUUUCGCUGCCUCGAUCCGUAGCUAAAUUAUCGAUCGAAACUCGAAACACCGAUGACUCUGACUUUAAAAGCUCCGAAGCUUUUCAAUAAUUUCGUCGUCUUCGAUCGACAGGAAAGAAACGCGUGGACUUUGGAAAUUGUAUCUGUUUGUUUACCGAGCUCGAACACUUCGUUUCGAUAUCUUCUGUGCACCGACUACGUGCAAGUCUACUUUGAUCCAUCCCUUCGAUAUAUCUCAUCUAACCGAGUUUCGAUAUCGUCGACGUGAUUUGGUACGCGAUCGAGUAGUGUUUUUUCUUUUGUUCUUUUUUUUUUUUUUUUUAUUCGACAUACAUAUCAAAGUAAUUUUUCAAGUAGAUUCCACGAUCGAUUUGUACCAAAUCAGAAACGUUUACAGAUUUUAACGCAGCAAAUAUUUCGCUCGAGUUCUAUCGACUUUUCUAUCGACCAUGCGCACCGUUCGUCUACUUCGAUCCUCCCGAUCGAUGAAUCGUGCCAGAACAUUACGUUCAUUUUAUAUUUGUAUCGAUUAAGAGCAAUAUACGAGGAACUGGAUUUCGACGAUUUACAACUCUUUCAUCAACGACUGAAGGCCUCUCGUUGACCUUACUUUUUUAUAUCGAACUAUCGAUGGGAGUUACAUCUCCUAUAUAGAAUUUCACAGAGUGCGUUACUCCUUUUUCGACUCCUUUUAACUUGGAAAGUUAAGCGUAUUCGGGUAAGGAAACGAAAAGAAAAGAAAAAAAAAAAGAAAAAAAAAAAAGAAAAAAGAAAAAAGGAAAAAAAAGAAACAAUGGAAUGAAAUAUAUAUAAAAGAUAAAAAAAAGGGGGAAGGAGUCUCGUCGAGUUGCAAGCUUUUUACAAGACAUUUAAACGAUAUUUACCGAAAGAAGCGACGAAGAUGCGAAGAUAUUUUCUACUAAUUCAAUUUUGAUACGAAUGGACAAGAUGACAAAGGGGGAAUUUUUUACGCGUAUCCAGUGCCUCUCCUGGUGAGCUUUUUUUCCUAAUCGUUCCAACACGCGACACGCGACAACA